AUGGAUGAAAUAUCUGUUGACUCGCAUCAUAAGCCCAACAACUUGGAUAAACUUGAUUUGAGGCCUACUUCCAAAGUAGACUGUUCGCUGGAGUGUUCACUGGAUUGGAGGAACAAUUCAUAUGGGAGAAAACUUGCUCUUCGUGCAAGCCUGCGAUACACAGGAGAGGAUGACCAGUGGCAGAUCAAUCACAGUUCACUUCGGGAAAGAAACAAAUACAUGUUUAAUCGCGAACUGUUUAGUGAUGUACGAUUCCUUGUUGGAAGGGCUGACAAGACGUCCAUACCGGCACAUCGCUAUAUUCUUGCUAUCAGCAGUCCGGUGUUCUCGUCGCUUUUCUACGCGUUCGGAGCACUUCAGCUGGAACAAACAAGAGAACAGGUAAAGAGCGAUGAAAAAAAAAAAUCAUUAAAUGAGGACCUACAUUAUAAGGUUGCCUUGUAAAUAAAGCUGUUCAGCCGUACAGAACAGUGUCUGGUGUUUAAUCUGAAAACGGUUUUGUACGAGUCGCUUAAAGUGGAUACGGAAUUGUUCAUAAAAAAGUAAUAAUAAUAAAAAUCAAACAACCUUUCAGAUCAAAAUAUGGCGAGUAUUCUAAAUUGGCUUCAUUUGCACGACAUAUGUUGCAGUAACAAAUGUUGCACUAAAAUUGACCCACAACGUGCUUUUAAUUUUACUUCUUCUCGCCCGCCGUGGACGCCCCUUAAACGUUACUGAUUUGUGUUUUGCUAGUUUAAGACCAUUAAACUAGCCUAACCGGAACCGCCGAAAAAAUUCAGAGAGAUUUGCUAGUUUCUGAUUGGUGAAUAAAUGAGAAAUAUCAGGAGAUAAAGUUAGGACCUUAAAACUGGAAAAUUAGAGUCCUUCUUAUGGUUUCAAACCCAUCAUGCAAGACAUCAAAAACAUGCACCUUUUGUUUCAGAUCUCACGACUAAUCGUCUCUCUUUGUAGAUUGAAGUUUCCGAGUGUGAACCCGACGCCUUUCUAGAGAUGCUCCGGUACAUGUAUUACGAUGAAGUUCAGCUGACCACAUGUAACGUCCCAGAAGUGCUGUUCCUGGCCCAAAAAUACCUCAUUCCAAGCCUGGCUAAAAUCUGCACUGAAUUCGUUGAGAACAACUUAACCGUGGAGAAUACCCUGCCAGUGUUGGAUCACUGUUUUCUUCUUGGUGUCAGCAAAGGCCUCGAGAAACAAUGUUGGUCAAUUAUUGAUAAACACGCUUCUGAAGUGGCCGAGCAUAAUCAAUUUCUUGACAUUGACCAUGGCACGCUGACCGCCCUUUUAUCACGUGACACACUGGUUGCUAAGGAGAUGGUACUUUUUCGUGCGGCUGUAAAGUGGGCGGGACACGAGUGUCAGCGUCUGUCAAUUCCACUGACAGUUGAGAAUAAACGCAAGGUUCUUGGAGAUGCUUUCCACUCCAUUCGUUUCCCCUUGAUGAGUAUGAAAGAAUUCACUGACGAGGUGGCGCAAUCGUCUUUCCUGAGCCACGAAGAAGUAGCUAAUAUGUAUAUCGGCUUUAACUCCAGCUUUGAAUCGUGCAAAGUAAAGUUCCCAACAGAGCCACGCGCCAAACCUGCCCAUCACCAGCUCCAAGAGCCAGUCCUUCGCUGCUCGCGGUUUGAGUCUAACGCUCUACGCCCGAAGUUGUCAACAGAGGCUCUAGCUCAACAAUCCACCGUCAAAUUUAAGGUCAACAGAUCUAUUAGAAUCACGGGAGUAGCGCUUUUUACAACUUUCACCAACACGUCUCAGCUGUUCCAAAUUGAGUUACGUGACAAAGUGGUUCUCUGUUGA